AACUUCCGGCGACAUUUCUAUUGGCUGGGGGAACCACUGAGGUAAAAUUGAAAUCAGCGUUGCGUAGGCUCAAUAUCUCUGGUACCUUUUCUUCCGAUUCUUACAUAAAUGUUGUGAUUCGUUGUGUUCCUUCAACCCGAACUAAUUAAUAACAUCUGCGAUGGGGGAUCAUGUUGAUCUACAGAUCGAUCCAGAAACUCCAGGCAGACCCUCUAUUAGAAAUCCAUUUGAAAGUCCUAAUGACUACCACCGCCUCCACGAACCCCUGGUGCCAAGUCCAUCUGUGUUCAAGUCCAAAGCUACUCCAGCCAAGUUUAACUGGUCCAUUGAUGAAAUGGCCAGUCUUCUCCCAGCAAACAUCGACCCAGAGGAAAUUCAGCGACAGUCUUUUUACCUCAGCCAAACCAGGAUGGAUUCUGAUAUGGAGGAGAAGUAUCAGAGAGCCAUUGAGCAGUUCUUUACCAAAGGAGCCAUAGUGCCAUCGCCCUGGGCAGCACCAGACACUCGCAGAGUUCCUCAGAUAUUUAAGAAAGAGAUUCCAGAGAAGCAGGAAAAAAUCUCAGUUGCUUGUCAGACGACACUUUCGUUACCUCUGGCUUUUGAUUUAGAGAAGUUACUAGGUGAAUACUACAGCUCACAGGAACAAUGUGAUGCCGUGCAGGAAAAUCUCAGUUCUUCUUCAUUGAGGCGAAAGUUAUUUCUGGACGGUAACAGUAACAGUGGCUCAGACAGUUCCAGCCCACCGAGCCCAGAGCGGAGCCACUGCACGUUGGAGGUAUAUUCUCAAGAAGGAGUAAGAAGAAAUUCAGGAGGAGCUGAACUUACUGCAGGAGGAGGAGAAGCCAUGACACCAAUGUUUGCCUCCCCUGUAUCUUGUGGUGUGUCGGCUCCUACUCCCUCCACGGGUCAGUUUUCCUCCAGCCCCAUUCAACACGGCCGCUUUCGGGACUGUAGCCUUGGCAGCAUCAGUAGCCCUUUUGUACCCAACGGCUCGUCUCCUGCAGGCUUUGCCUCCCCCACGAUUUCUCCUAUUUUUGCACAUACGGCACGCACACCCAUGAGCUCAGCUGAGAGGAGGCAGCCGAGCCAUUUGACUCCACACAGUGUUUGUUUGGAUGUAGGUGUCACGGCCUGCAGUGAGAGCCCCUUCGUCGAAGGUUGCUCUCCCAUUCGUAGCUGCUCUCCUCAUCAUUUGUGCUGCAACAGUGAGCUACAUCAUCUUCUUAAAAACCAGGUCAGGGUUCGUUGCUGGGCCUCUCCUCCUCUCAUCUCUCCCAUCCUCAAUCCUAAGCUUCAAGACCAUCACGAGUUUGACGACAAUCAUCCUUCCUCCUCUUCCUCUCUCCUAUCAAUUGAGCUUGACACAUUGUCCCCCGUGGUCAAAGACACUAAUUUAGUGGAUGCUGAGAAGUUACGCACAGGUCCCGAUGACCCUGUGAAAAUGCAAGAAGGUAAAGAUACCGGGCUAGAGGUGGAGCUGGAGGAUGAGGAGGAGGAAGGAAGAAGGCUCUCAGAGCAGCUGACCAGUUCCCGUAUGGUCAGUAUGUCGACAACGGAGAGCUCUCACAUGUUCGUAUCUCUUCUGGCAGAGGGAAGCAGCAUACGCUACGAGUCCAGCAUGCAGGUGGACAGUGGCUACAACACUACCUCAGCAGGCAUCACCAGUCUCACUGAUGGCCUGAGCUCACACUGUCACAGCAAGGAGUCGUUCAGCACAAACCUGACUGAGGAGGCACAUUCCCUCACUAGACACACUAAGAAGAAGGUAUUUCAUCCCCAUCACUCGAGCUUGUGUGCAUUUAAAAAUGGAAACCUCCCACUUUAAUCAUUGUACUAAAUGUGUACCACGCCGACUUGAACUUGUUAAAUUCAGAACAAAGGUUAAAUGAAUUAUGAACAGCGCUGAUUUGAUUCACCAGUGACCUUAACUCUUUUUUUUAAGUUAAGUUCUAAUUUGUUUUGUUUUUAAGAUUGCUUGACUGAAGCAGAGGCUUUACCACUUUUUUUAUUAACCACCUGUUUGUAAAAGAGAAGAAUCUUAGGCAUUAAAUGAAAUACUUGACACAACAAACCAAUGCAGUCAGAUGGGAAAUUAUCUCUAACUUGCACAGUGUCCUUCUCUUCUCUUUAAAUGCUGUAAUGAUGCUGGUGUCAUGUGAUGUCAUGUGUAUUUUGGUGCUGAUGUGGAUCCUAAUUUUCAGACUACAUCUGGUUUUGUACUGUAUUUUUAAUAACAUUUUUAACAACACUUUGAAUGAUUUGGAGUUAAACUCAGGAUGUAGAUCUCAUUUGGACUGUUUGAAUAUUUAUUUUCAAUGAUGCCACUUGUGAAUUAAAGCAGUCUGAGCCA